UUUUAGUCUAUUUUCGUGUUUGCCGAGUCCAGUUGAGUGCGGAAUUUCAGUUCCGUAAUCUUAGAAUGAAAUUUGUUGUGCUUCUAUAUGUGCUUUAUAUCAGCCCAAUAGGAAUCAAAGGUGAAGCACACACUAAUGAAAGUGAGGCAACCUUAAUAGCUGAGGAGCAAUGCGGAAAGUACAUCCAUAAGGCUGUUAGACCUUUGCUAAACUAUAUCGAUCAACUGAAGGUGGAAAUUGAAGAUAAUAAUAAUAAAAUUGAUCACAAAGAUAAAAAAAUAUCCAAUAUCGAGGGUGAAAUCAACAUUUGUGCCAGGAAAUUAAAAACCUGCCAAGAUCGGCCCAUUCCGAAUAGCUGCACUCACUUCGGAGAUAAUCCGGGUAUUCACGAAAUUAAACCAAAUAAUAUAACGAUCAAUGUUCCUUGUGACAGCGGGACGGCAGGUCCUGGCUGGGUGGUUAUCCAACAGCGUAUCAAUGGUCAGGAAGACUUUUAUAGGAAUUGGACCACAUAUCGCACAGGCUUUGGCAACUUUGGUGGUGACUUCUUCUUAGGUCUGGAAAAUAUUCAUCACUUGACGAACGCUCAGCCGCAUGAGCUUUACAUACAUAUGGAAGACUUUGAUGGCAAUAUCCAAUAUGUAAGAUAUGCAGAAUUUGCCAUUGCUGGCGAGGACGAUCAAUACAGACUGAUCACCUUGGGUCGGGCUGAGGGCAAUGCAACACAUUAUGCCUUGACUUAUCACAAAAAUCAUAAAUUCAGCACAUACGAUCGCGACAAUGAUGACAAGAGUUCUGGCAACUGCGCAAGUCGAACCCAAUGUGCUGGUGGCUGGUGGUACAAUGACUGUGCACACAGCAAUUUAAAUGGCAUUUACUAUGAUCAGAAGGUGUACCGAUAUAAUGCCAUAUUUUGGGAAAGCAACGCCUCUUUGAAAAUGGUCAAAAUUCUUUUACGCCCUAAAAACGAUGUUGAAUAAUAUAAAAUAAAAACAUAAAGUAUA